AUAAAUAAUAUUAUACAGUGGUUACAUAUUUCUGCCUUCUUUAUUUGGACUUUAAAAUGGCAUCUAAUGGGAAUGAUUAUACCUUUCGAAAUUUAAAUGAUGAACUGCAACAAACAAAUGCAUGUAACGAUUAUCAGAAUGAAAUCGAAAGUUUAAUACAGGCAAGAAGGUCAUCUGGCUCUGAAGCUACUUCUCUAAAAGGAGUUAAUGCAUAUACCUUCUUUGCUAUUGAAUCAUCAAUACAAAAUGGUUUACCCUUUCAGCAUUAUACAAACAAGAAUGGAAAGGGAUAUUUAAUUUAUACAGAGUCAAAACAAGAAGAAUAUGCGACGGUAAAAAUCAACUUUGGAGAAAAGUCUGAAGUAAUAUGUAAGGAGAAAGUGAAUGAUGUUUAUCCUAAUAGGAGACCAUGUGGAGUUGAUUUUACAAAUGGUGGUUGUUUAUCAUAUAAGGAAAUUAAUACAAAAAUUAAAGAAUUUGUAGACCAUAACAACUGUAAAGAAGACAAUGAAAAAAAGCUUACUAAAUUAUUAAUAAAUUUUAGUAAAGAUGGAACUGCAAUCUCAGUAAAUGAACUUAGAGAAAUUCGAAAUGAUAAGCCUGAUAAAUAUUUACAAAAUUUUUGUCAAUUUAUCAAUGAAUUAUGCUAUUUGUCAUUUUUCAAAGAGAUACCUCAAUGGUUACCACUCACUGAUAAUGAUAAACUUGAUACAAAUAUAGCUGUUAGUCAUGCAAGAUCAAUAAUUCUUGCCAGAGAAGGUAAAAUUAAUCUUACGGAUUGUUUUGGCGGAGAGUAUUCAGUAUUUGAUGUACAUCUUAUGUAUAUAAAUUGGACGAUUGUUGACAACAGAAUGGUGGAGAUAAAAAAAAUGUAUGACAAAGAAAUCUUGAAAGGAAAAGAUGAUAAUGUAGAAAAACAAAAGGAAGAUUUACAUGAAAUUUUUGGAAAAUAUAAAGCACCUGAGAAAAAACAUGAUAAAAAUCAAAACGAAGAUUUACAUGAACAAUCUAAAGAAGGCAAUAUGGCAGAUUUGACUGAUGCCAUGAAGAAAUUAGCUACAAAGUAA